UUUAUUUGUAAAAAAGAAUGUUUUUUAAGUCGUGUUAAUUUUUCUUGUAUGUAUAUUUUUUGUUUUUUAUUUUUAAGUUUUUAGGUUGUGCCUUUUAUAAUUUUUUGAAGUGAAAACCAACAAGAAUGUCUAUUUUUAGUGGUUAUACGAAGUUUAAGUUUCGACGUUAUGGAAAUUAUAGGCAACAACCGCAAAUUCAUGAACGAAAAAAAAAUUCCUUUAAAAUAUUUAAUAAAACAUCAAUUCAUCGACGAGACAAUUCACAAAAACAAAUUGGAACAGAAAUAUCAAACGAUGUUAGGACUACGGAUCGAGUUAUCGGAGAGGUCUUAGCUGAAGAAAUUAUAACAACUUCUGGUAAAAUACCAAAUAAAAUGUACGAAAUAGAAACUACACCUCAAGUAUCAAUAAUAAAAUUGGAACAACAUUUGCCAAGAUCCAGAGGUAUUGAAGUGAAAAAUGAAACUGAUGCACAGCCAUCUGUACUUUUUGUUAUAGUAAUUAUCACUGGAAGUUUAAUUAUCUUUAUUUGUAUGAUAACAUGUAUAAUCAAAAAAGUGAAGAAGAAAAAUUACAAGACACUCAGCAAAAAAGAUGUUGAAUAUUGUACAUUGAAUCGUCCUUUACUUAGUAUGUGCGAAGAAAAAGAUUCUUCUGUCUGUUGUCAAAAUUAAAGAAUACUUAAAGAUAAUCAUAUCUAAAAGCAAUAAUUUAUUCUCAAUCAAACAAUAAUCAGCAAAAUUAGUGUUUAUAAAAUUGAGUAAUUUAUUGACAAUUAAUAUUUAAGAAAUAUCACACAUGU